GUUCAAUAUCUUUCUUGAACGCGGUAUGUGCUUCGGCUUCUGACGGUGCCCGGUUUCUGAGCUUUCGCGUCUUUUUGGCGGGCGCAGUCUGUUUAGAGGUAGCCUAAAAUUCUCACCGUUUUUCUGCAUUUAGAAAACGCAAAAAUGGGAGACAAAGACGGAGAAACUUUUGACGAUGCAGUCGAGGAACGUGUCAUCAACGAAGAGUACAAGAUAUGGAAGAAGAACACACCAUUUUUGUAUGACCUAGUGAUGACCCAUGCAUUGGAAUGGCCAUCGCUCACAGCUCAAUGGUUACCUGACGUGACCAGACCUGAAGGCAAAGACUAUUCAGUGCAUCGUCUCAUUCUCGGUACCCAUACCUCGGAUGAACAGAACCAUCUUUUAAUUGCCAGUGUACAGCUGCCUAACGAAGAUGCACAGUUUGAUGCUUCGCAUUAUGACAAUGAAAAAGGAGAAUUUGGAGGCUUUGGUUCUGUUAGUGGCAAGAUUGAAAUUGAAAUAAAAAUCAACCAUGAAGGAGAAGUUAACAGAGCGCGAUAUAUGCCUCAAAAUCCUUGCGUCAUUGCUACUAAGACACCAUCCAGCGAUGUAUUAGUUUUUGAUUAUACCAAACAUCCCAGUAAACCUGAUCCAAAUGGAGAAUGCCAUCCUGACCUCAGGUUACGAGGUCACCAAAAAGAAGGUUACGGUUUAUCUUGGAACCCCAAUCUGAAUGGUUACUUAUUGAGCGCAUCGGAUGACCACACUAUAUGUUUGUGGGAUAUUAACGCUACACCUAAAGAACACAGAGUAAUUGAUGCCAAAACAAUUUUUACUGGUCACACAGCUGUAGUCGAAGAUGUGGCCUGGCACUUGCUCCAUGAGUCUCUUUUUGGAUCUGUUGCAGACGACCAAAAACUUAUGAUUUGGGAUACAAGGUGUAAUAAUACAAGCAAACCAAGUCAUACCGUUGAUGCUCACACAGCGGAAGUAAAUUGCCUAAGUUUCAAUCCCUAUUCCGAAUUUAUCCUAGCAACUGGAAGUGCUGACAAAACUGUAGCUUUAUGGGAUUUGAGAAAUUUGAAGUUGAAGCUUCACUCGUUCGAGUCUCACAAGGACGAAAUUUUCCAAGUACAAUGGUCUCCGCAUAAUGAAACAAUUUUGGCAAGCAGCGGUACUGAUCGACGUCUGCAUGUCUGGGAUCUCAGUAAAAUUGGCGAGGAACAGUCUACUGAGGACGCAGAGGAUGGUCCUCCAGAGUUACUGUUCAUUCAUGGCGGACACACGGCUAAAAUAAGUGAUUUUUCAUGGAACCCUAAUGAGCCGUGGGUGAUCUGUUCAGUUUCUGAAGACAAUAUAAUGCAAGUUUGGCAGAUGGCGGAAAAUAUCUACAAUGACGAAGAGCCUGAUACGCCAGCAAGUGAACUUGAAGGCGGAGCAUCAUAAUUUUGUUGCAAGUAAUUUAUUACCAUAAGGUUUUUACCUAAUAUUUCUAUGAUACCGAAUUAUGGUUAAUUAUCAUCAUUUCAUUUCAUUUAUCACGUAUCGAGUUGCACUGCGUAACGUGCUUAUCGUUGUUAAUGUUAACUUCCACGUCAUUGGUCUCGAGAUUUCCAAAACAAAAAAAGUACAAGAAAAAAGCUUGAGGUAAAAAAUGCUAAUUAUAGGUAUCUGCGUUACAGACCAUUUUAUUCCACGUCUAUAUUUACUCCGUUAUCUUUCAUUUUUAAGUCGACCAUUUGACCCCUUGGGCUUUUGAAGUUUAUAGCAAUAAAAAUCAUCGUCUAUUAGUUUUGUUUCCUUGUUGGCUUGAACGGUAUAGAAUCCAAUGAUAAAUAGAACGAGAUUGAGUGUUUUCAUGGAAUUUAGAUCGUUAUCAUUGAUUCAAAACGAAGUGAAAAUAUUAAUGCAAGACUAGUUAGGGUCGUGAUGUUUACAAAAAUUUUCUGUUCAAUGGGUCAAACUGGUAGCGUUAUUAAAAAUAUUUUCAUAUAGUAAUCAGUGAAAUUAGUUCUUAAUUUUCCAUGAGUGAAAAUAUGUUUUUUUUUUAAACUGAUUAUUUGAAUAAACGAUUAAAAACUUA